AUGAUGGUAAAAAAUCUGAAAUUGAAUACUUUCUUAGAUGGGUCAAAUAAUCAAAUUGGAGAUAAUGAAUUUGUGACCUUUGCAAUCAAUUAUUCAGAGUAUGCAACAGAACUACAGAAGCCUGAUCAACCGCAACAAAAAACAAAUGGUUUCAAGUCUUCUGGAGGCGUCUUAGUCAACAAAGAACAUACCAUUCAACUAUGGACAGUCAUAUACUCGAUAGCCCCAGUGACCAGAUGUACUACUGAUAAGGUUUACACCAAAAACCACUUUAAAGCUGUUGUCCAAGAAUCAUCUUCCCAACAGAAAAUAAAACAUGAACUAACCAAGGGUAAUAUAUAUUCAUAG